UGAAAUACUAACAUGUUGUGACCUCCUUCACUCUUGUGCUCUAAAGAACUUGAUUAAUGUGGAAUAGCAGAAAGAAAGUAAAUGGUUUGAAUGAAUGUUUAUGUGUUUUGUUUUGGAACUAUGGAACCUUGUGAUAUGAAAUCUUUCACCACAUAAAAGGCCUUUUUCCCCAUGUCCAAGACCCUAGCCAGUUAUCUGAACCCAUGUCUAAGACCUCCUGACUAGUUAGUGGUGACAUCCGAUAUGUGAACUCUAGCAUUUAGAGGUUGUCGUCAUGGUGAAGAGACGUUAGGGAUUGAGAGUACGCGUAUGCACAUCUUACAUCAAAUUUCGUCCUGGCCCCGCUGGUCGAGAGUGAGUGAUUCAAUUUUCAUAUUAUAUACCCCGGAGAGGACCUAGAUUGCUUGGUUUUGAUUCUGAUGUCUUGAAUUUUAUGCAUGAGGUGACUAUCUUUAAUGGGCGGUUGAGUCAAGUCUAUGUUGGUUGGUGAACAGAGGGGAGAAUUUUCCUUUGCCCGAUUUUGCUGCUCUCGAAUGUAAUAUGUGGUUGUUGUCCAGGUUGUUGUUGUUGUUCAUGUAUUGAUGUCUAAAAGCCAAUACGAUUCACGUGAUUUGUGCCUAUAUGAUAUGUCCCCAAAGUUUGCAUUGUUAAAAUGUUUUGAGCUUACCUUGUGUAUGACUUUGUUGGCUUGGGGACAAGCAAACUAUUAAGUGUGCAGUAAUUUGAUAACAUCUCAUUUGCACAUGUUUUUUCCUUUGUUUCUUGAUCAUUUAGAUUAGCGAUUGAUCGUUCCUAGGCCUAUUUUGACACGACCCCAUAUUUUCGAAAAACCAAACCAUAACUCAAACCAAAAACCGGUUACUCCGGAGCAACCCAAACCACAUUUUAAAAUAAACAAACCGACAUCAUUUAAGAAUUUUUAACGAAAAGCGCCAACACUUGGAAAAAAUUCUCAAUCUCAAACACUUAAAACGACUUAACACAGAAUCUCCAGUUUAUACUAAUAACCAUGAAAUAGAAUAAUUAACUAAUCUAACUUGACUCCUCACGAGCUUUCCGAUAUCCUGACGACGCUGGUACUGUUGCUCGCCUCGCCCUGCUUCUUCUCAUGAUCCACUUCUGUUAGACUAUCCUCAACCUGGUGAGUGAGAAAGGGUCAGUCUCAUCGUUACUUCCUAAGGUCUUUGCUCUAGCCAAACUCCUUACUAAACACAUUAUUAGGGGAAUGCCUUCCUUAGACGAAAGUCGUUCUCACUUUCAUCCCUUAAACUUUACUAUCAAACAGUCUAUAAGAGAUCUCUACACAUAUCUUAUCUUUAGAAUUCCCUUACUUAUAUUCUUAAUCCAAAGACACCAACACAAAGGACCACCGCGUUACGUCUCGCUGUCCGGUGUCCCUAGCCUAGUAUGCCAACCGCGUUACGUCUCGCCGUCCGGUUGUAUACCCAACCUCGGCAAUGGCACUGCGUUACGUCUCACCGUCCAGUCCAUGCCCGUCAACUACUGCAUUACGUCUCGCCGUCCAGUAGUGACCCCAACAUACUCGAUCAAUUGCUGCGUUACGUCUCGCCGUCCAGCAGUGAUCCGACCAUCUACCGCGUCCAGUAGUGGCCCAACCGCCCGGGGGUUCCUCUUACCAUUCACCAACUAUUACAAUCAUACAUCCAUACAUUCGUACAUAGCACAACACGUGCCUCCACCCUUACAGGCGGUGGGAUGCCUCACACACAUAUCGAACAUUACUCAAAAAUUAACUAAUUAAUAACUUGAACGAAAAGCAUAAACUAAAAGACCUGCGACAGAGAUUUUACCCCAUUUACACUCACCUCGAAAAGAUGACUCCUUGAUUCCUCUGAUGUAGCACCCUUACUCCAAUUACAACUGUAAAAACCCACUGAUGAUCGAGUUCCAUAUUACUGAAUCGGGUUUAAACCCUUCAUCAAAUUAUAAUAGUCCCACCAAUUUAGUUGCCAUGUCACUUUGGCCAUACUAAUACUUCUGCUUUUUCCCAUUUGCAACAACCUAAAUAAACCCACCAUUGAUUUUGCAACGUUAACCUUUGUCUCCCACCAAUUAUUCAUUUAAUUGACCAUCCUUGAUAACCCAAUAACAACCGAGGGAGGGAUUUGGAGCUUACCUAGUUUCAUUAUUGCAUUAUAGUCCACACGGAAAUCAAGCAAGGUGCGUGCGGUGGAAUUUACAAUUCCGUCAAUCCUUUCCUCGUCAACCCUUCUCGCGGCGCCCUUCCUCGGUAGUUACUCGUAGCCAAAACCAUUUGUCCACUUUGGAUCCGACAUCAUCUUUCCGUUACCGUAAUGGCAUCUUCGGUCAUCUAUUCCUUAUACCUCGUCGAGCGCUCCUUUUGCGAACCCGAGUGGCUGCCAAUCAAAGUGCAGCUCUUUUUUUUAUAUGUGAGGGAGGGGGAUCAACAACCUAGAGGGGAAUAUGAUGGGGGUGUGGGGAGAUGGGGAGUGGGUAUAGGGUUUACGGUUUGGGAAUUUAAUCCCCUUUCUUUUCUUCAACUUUAAUUAAUCAAAAUCAAUUAACCCCUAUUUAGGAUUAACUAAUAAUUAAUUAAUUAAAAUUAUUCAAUUCCCCAACCGAGCCAUUUACUUACCAACGUUCGAACCUAACCCAAAAUUCGGGGUGUUACAUAUUUUAUGCUAGGUUGUGUUCUUUGGUCAUAUUUCAGGUCCUAGUUUAGGGACAUUUCGAGGUGAAAGAAGGUCGAUUGCGAAAACCGGGCAGCAGAGCUGAUGAAAAACACGCCCUCCUAUGUGAAAAACACGACCUUGUGUUAGAGGCCAGGUUUUUUCUUUGCGCUUCACAGAAUCGUCAUUUUAAAACAAGGCCUCUUCGGAUUAAACACGAACGAAUUUUUGGGGCUAGAGGCCAUGUUUUUGCACCUGUGCGGGUUUUAUUUGAGAGGAGCUCAUAUUUUCAGGGAUUCGACUUUUUGGAGAAAAAAAACAUAGUUCUAGAGAGAGAAAAUGACAAAGAACAAACCCUAGGAGCUAUUUGGAGUGGAUUUCUCACCAUUGAAACCCAUAUUGCGUCCCCAGGAGUGAAUAUUGACAUCCCAGAGCAUAUUAUUCUCAUCUUUAUGACUAUGACUACUUGAUUUUGGUUUUCCUCUCUUUGUCUAUGGAGUAUACAUUUCUCUCACUUGGUUAUGAAGAACCCUAGUUCCAUGUGUUAGGGAUCUAGAUUGUAAUGACUUUUGGGAUGAUAUAUUGAUUGAUUUUAAUCGAUUGAAGAGUGUUUAUUGAGUCAAUAGAAUCUGAAUAGGUUGUUAGAGUUUCUUAAAUCAAUAAGAUUGAAUUGA